AAUUUCGGCAUCGAAACUGAGUUGUCGGUGCGGCGAAAAAAAAUUGAAAAUCGUCCGAUUCAACAAAAUACCCAGCGGAAAAUUGAAUAACGCGAAAAUAGUGAACAAAUUUCAAACGAAGCGAAACCCGUUUCGGUCCCGCAUCGAAUUUUCCCGUUAAAAUUUCACGUCAAACACAGAAAAGAACAGCAAAAUGACCGACCGCAAGGCAGUGAUCAAGAACGCGGACAUGAGCGAGGACAUGCAGCAGGAUGCGGUCGAUUGUGCGACGCAGGCCAUCGAGAAAUACAACAUUGAAAAGGACAUUGCGGCGUACAUAAAGAAGGAGUUCGACAAGAAGUACAAUCCGACAUGGCAUUGCAUCGUCGGCAGGAACUUCGGCUCGUACGUGACCCACGAGACGCGUCACUUUAUUUACUUUUAUUUGGGCCAGGUGGCCAUUUUACUAUUCAAGAGCGGCUAAGAUAAACCAACCCCCCCCCCUCUCACAACAUCUCUUUAAAUACUUAAGUCUCCACCAGCCGACUCUCAGUUAUUACCCUUUUUUUACAAGUUAAAUUACUCCCGUUAUAAAAUAUAUUUUUUUAAAUAAAUGCCGCGUCGCGCCGCUCUGUCUCCUUUAAUUAAUAUUCUUUAAUUAACUAAUUUUUGCAAUUUGUUUUCGGAAUUGAUUUCAGUCUCUUUCCACUCUCUCUCUCUCCUUUUCCAAACACUACUUGGAUCUUUUUUCAACAAUGUAAAUGUAUUGUGUGUAUAUUUCGGUUGUUGCCACACGAAUGUUUCGCAUUGAUCGCUCCUCUAAUCAACCUGAAUAUAUUGCAUAAAAAAGACAAUUCUGUAAAUGUGUAUAAAAAAAAUUAUUUUUAUUCAUUUGAUUUUUUCCAAAUAAAUUAUUUUGUUGAUGAUAAUCACUGGUUCUAUUAUUUUCUUUUUUAUAAUUAUUAUUAAUUUUGUUAAUUAAUGCGCACACGAAACUUGAUGAUGAUGAAACGAUGUGCAAUUUAUUAAUUAAUUAUACUGUUAGUUUUUGCACUGAAUAAAUUGGAACUUCUUCGCAUACUCUUGAUAUAAUUAAUUAUAUAUAAAACUAUUAUAUAUACAUAAAUGAAACUCUUUAAGUGUAAGUUGUUACAUAUUAUUAUUAUGAUUAUAUAUGCGUCUGUACUUAAGGAAAACGCCCUGUUAAACUAAUAGACAAUUUCGCUUGGUGUAAUCAGGAAAAUGAACACGUCCAAUGAUGAACGAUUCCGUUUCAAUUCCGUUAGUUCAGAUAACAUUCCAAAAAAUGAUGCAAAUACGGCAACUUUUUUUAGUUUAAUUUUAGAAUGCCAUUAUGUUGGAAUUGGGACGGAAUUGACAAUGUUUCGUUGAUCGUUUCUCUCAGCCGAAUUGUCCGGUUUAUUUUUUAUUUUUGAAUUUUAAUAUUUAUCCUUGUUUGAAUGUAAUUCUUAAUGUAUGAUUAAUAUAUGGUUAAAUAUU